AUUGGUCCUGUGCACAUCACGAUAUACGCGUGACGAGAGGUGCCCUCUAUCGUGCACGAAACGUUCGUUCCUUUCACGGAACUCGUGUUCUUUCCAAGGGAGUCCGCCAUUGUUGGUGCACGUAUAUUUCUGACCAGGCCAACGGAAAUCGGACAACAUCCAAAAUGGUGAAUUUCACGGUGGACGAGAUACGUGCCAUGAUGGACAAAAAGAAAAACAUCAGAAACAUGUCCGUCAUUGCACACGUCGAUCAUGGAAAGUCAACUUUGACUGACUCCCUUGUGUCCAAGGCUGGUAUUAUUGCCGGUGCUAAAGCUGGAGAGACCCGAUUUACCGAUACCCGGAAGGAUGAGCAAGAACGCUGUAUUACUAUUAAAUCUACAGCUAUUUCUAUGUAUUUUGCCCUUGAGGAGAAAGAUUUAGUUUUUAUUACAAAUCCUGACCAACGUGACAAAGAAGAAAAGGGCUUCUUGAUUAACUUGAUUGAUUCACCUGGACACGUAGACUUCUCUAGUGAAGUAACAGCUGCUCUUCGUGUAACUGAUGGAGCUCUAGUGGUUGUUGAUUGUGUAUCUGGUGUUUGUGUACAAACGGAAACUGUACUUCGUCAAGCUAUUGCUGAGCGUAUCAAGCCAGUAUUGUUCAUGAACAAGAUGGACAGAGCUUUGUUAGAACUUCAGCUUGACAGUGAAGAUCUGUAUCAGACUUUCCAACGUAUUGUUGAAAACGUUAACGUUAUUAUUGCUACAUAUUCUGAUGAUGAUGGCCCCAUGGGUGAAGUUAGAGUAGAUCCUAGCAAAGGAUCCGUCGGUUUUGGUUCGGGUCUUCAUGGUUGGGCUUUCACAUUGAAACAAUUCUCCGAAAUGUAUGCUGAAAAAUUCAAAAUUGAUGUUGUAAAACUUAUGAACAGAUUAUGGGGAGAAUCGUUCUUCAAUCCUAAAACUAAGAAGUGGAGUAAACAAAAGGAAGCAGACAACAAAAGAUCUUUCUGCAUGUAUGUUUUAGAUCCAAUUUAUAAGGUAUUUGAUAGCAUUAUGAAUUACAAAAAAGAAGAAGCAGACACUCUCCUGCAAAAAUUGGGAAUUGUUUUGAAAGCUGAAGAUAAAGACAAGGACGGCAAAGCUCUUCUUAAGGUUGUUAUGAGAACGUGGCUACCAGCUGGGGAAGCUUUACUUCAGAUGAUUGCUAUCCACUUGCCAUCUCCUGUCACCGCUCAAAAAUACCGUAUGGAAAUGUUAUACGAAGGUCCUCUAGAUGACGAAGCUGCUAUCGGUAUUAAGAAUUGCGAUCCAAAUGGCCCACUUAUGAUGUAUGUCUCAAAAAUGGUACCGACUUCUGAUAAAGGUCGUUUCUACGCUUUCGGUCGUGUGUUCUCUGGAAAAGUUAGCACCGGUAUGAAAGCACGUAUCAUGGGUCCCAACUUCCAACCGGGCAAGAAAGAAGAUUUGUACGAAAAAGCUAUUCAGCGUACAAUUUUGAUGAUGGGUCGUUACGUCGAGGCGAUUGAAGAUGUGCCUUCCGGUAAUAUUUGUGGUCUUGUUGGUGUUGAUCAGUUCCUGGUCAAAACUGGUACUAUUACCACAUUCAAAGAUGCGCAUAAUAUGAAAGUUAUGAAGUUCUCAGUCUCGCCUGUCGUACGUGUUGCUGUUGAACCUAAGAAUCCCGCCGAUUUGCCUAAGUUGGCUGAAGGUCUUAAACGUUUAUCAAAAUCUGACCCUAUGGUGCAAUGUAUCAUCGAAGAAUCUGGAGAAUACAUCAUUGCUGGUGCUGGUGAACUUCACCUUGAAAUCUGUUUGAAAGAUUUGGAGGAGGAUCACGCUUGCAUACCCAUUAAGAAAUCAGACCCCGUUGUCUCGUACAGAGAAACAAUUUCGGAACAAUCGAAUCAAAUGUGUCUUUCAAAAUCACCCAACAAACACAAUCGUUUGUUCAUGAUGGCAUGUCCCAUGCCUGAUGGACUUGCUGAGGACAUCGACAGUGGCGAAGUUAACCCAAGAGACGACUUCAAAGUACGUGCUCGUUAUUUGAGUGAGAAGUACGAUUAUGAUGUAACCGAAGCUAGAAAGAUCUGGUGCUUCGGACCUGAUGGAACUGGACCUAACAUCAUAAUUGAUUGCUCGAAGGGAGUACAGUAUCUUAACGAAAUUAAGGAUUCUGUUGUAGCUGGAUUCCAGUGGGCCACGAAAGAGGGUGUUCUUUCGGAAGAAAACUUGAGAGGUGUUCGUUUCAACAUUCACGAUGUAACAUUACACGCUGACGCUAUUCACAGAGGUGGUGGUCAAAUUAUCCCUACCACAAGACGUUGCCUUUACGCUUGUCUUCUCACUGCCUCUCCUCGUCUUAUGGAGCCAGUUUAUUUGUGUGAGAUUCAGUGUCCAGAAGUAGCUGUCGGUGGUAUAUACGGUGUACUCAAUCGCAGAAGAGGUCACGUAUUUGAAGAACAGCAAAUUGCUGGUACACCCAUGUUCGUAGUUAAAGCAUAUCUUCCAGUAAACGAGUCCUUUGGCUUUACUGCCGACUUACGUUCCAAUACCGGAGGACAAGCUUUCCCGCAGUGCGUAUUCGACCACUGGCAGAUCUUACCCGGUGACCCAAUGGAACCUAGCUCCAGACCGUACCAAGUUGUGCAGGAAACACGUAAGCGAAAGGGAUUGAAAGAAGGUCUCCCAGACUUGAACGCAUACCUUGACAAAUUGUAACCAUAGAUUCGCGCACCAUAUUUAAAUAUCUAUUUAAAUAUUGUAAUUCAAUUAAUAUCGCUGGAACCGUAUACAACUGCAUCGGUUUAUUAUGAACUUUGUUUUGCGCAAAGAACCGUGAAGAAACACACGAUUAUAAAUAUGAAAAAAGGAAGAUAAUAAAUUGUAAUUAUAAUGAAAACUAUGUAUGCUAGCGCAGGGAGGAAUAUUUUGUACAUUUAUUUAACUAAGCAUCGCCACGUUAUUGACAUCCAGUGGCUUUACGUUUUUAGCAUAUCAUCAUCAGAUAAAGACUUGAUUGUUAUUUUUAUUGUGGCAACAUUUUGCCAAUUUCUUAUGUAAAUGCGAAAAAAUUAAAAAUUGUGAUUUUUUA